AUGACGUUACUAAUUAGCGGCCGAGCCAAUAGUAGACGUCAGAUGCUCUGCACACCCACCACCUUCUCCCAGCCGUCCCCACACCGUGCUGCAUCCGGGAGGGGACUCUUGUGGGACGCGAGGAUCGACCGCAGUACUCCAAGGGCAACCGAGUACUCUAAUUUUACAAUGCAAAGAAUCCAGAAUGCUGGUUUUAGCACGGGCUCCCGCAGCGGCUGCAGCUCCUCUUCAGCCUCGAGCCGCUCCGGAAGUUCCAGCAGCUCCCCUGGCUCUCCGAGCCCUUCUUGGCGCAGGCAUGACAGCAGGCGACGUUCCCGCUCCAAAUCCAAACCACCCAAAAGAGAUGAAAAGGAAAGGAAACGGCGGAGCCCUUCCCCUAAACCCGCCAAAGUGCACGUUGGAAGGCUCACCAGGAAUGUGACCGAGGAUCACAUGGAGAUACUCUCCACCUACGGGAAAAUUAAAAUGAUUGACGUGCCUGUAGAAAGGAUGCACCCCCAUCUGUCUACAGGCUACGUAUACGCGGAGUGUGAGAAUCCAGAUGAAGCCGAGAAGGCGCUGAGGCACGCGGACGGAGGACACAUCGAUGGCCAGCAGAUCACUGCCACCGCUGUGCUGGCCCCCUGGCCUCGGCCACCCCCCAGGCGAUUCAGCCCUCCCGGAAGGAGAGUGCCGCCACCGCCUCCCAUGUGGCGCAGGCCCCCCCCACGGAGGAGGAGAAGGUCGCGUCCCCCUCGGCGCAGGUCCCCCGGCCGCCGCAGCCCCAGGAGCUGCUCCAGCUUCAACUCCUCCCGAUGCGCAGGGCCACCGAAGCUCUGCCCUGUGACUUGUAUUCCCGCCAACUCACUUUUGUCACUUUUCUAGACGAAGGAGGAUCGGUAGGAAAGAAAUCCCUUACCCGGGCAGGCCUCGAAGGUGAAGGCAGUAAUUGCCACGUUUCCCCUGGAGGCAGAGUUCCGGCUGCAGGAGCGUCGUUGGUUUGGGGGCGUGCUUAUAAAGAUGCCCUCCAGUCUUCUGGCUAGAAAGCUUCCGCGUUUCUAGUUCCUGACAGGCAGUUUAGUGGCAGAGCCCGCAGGGAUGAGCAGGGGGCUCCAGGAGGUGGUACAGCCCCAGCCUGGGAGCAUGUUUUCCCAUUCCACAGACGACCUGGGUCCCAUCUGGUGGCCUGCUCGUGCCCUAACCUGUUGGCCUGCAGGGUCCCACAGGAAAGGUGUGCUUUUACGCAGCUGCCGUUCUUGUUAGCCUGGCCGUGCUCCCCUGCAUGAGUCCUUUUCUGACCUCUAGGGCCAAAUACCCAAAACGGUUCUUUUCACGUGUACUCAUGUCGUACACACACACACACACACACACACACACACACACACACACACACCCAUACCCAUGUCUCCCUUUCUCUCUGAAACUGGUAAGUUGAGAGUCAACUCUGUCGGGUCAUCACAGAACCCCCCCGCCCCCCGCUGCGUUGUGUUGGUAUACAUGGUGGUCAUGCAGGUUACCUUGGCAACGUGUACAUUGUUUUUUUGGCUUUUAUUGUACAGUCAGUACUAUACAUUUUCUCUUUGGAGUUUUGUAACUUUGUAGCAUUUUAGAUAAUAUUGUGUUUGUACCUUGUUGUGUAGAGAAAAGAAUUGUGUUGAAUAAACCUAGGAUUAGAGUGCAGCUC